AUGGAUGGAUUUGGUGGUGAGGCAAAGAUCACGCGUCGGAGUGACAAUCAUCAUCCUUCUGUUUGGGGAGACCAUUUUCUUGCCUAUGCUAAUCUCUUGGGAGCCAAUGAAUGGGAAGAGAAGGAACAUAAGGAUCUAAAAGAAGGAGUGAGAAAAAUGCUAGUGAUUUCUCCUUCCAAAUCUUUGCAAAAACUUGAACUUAUAAACACAAUCCAAUUGCUUGGAGUGUCAUACCAUUUUGAACAUGAGAUUGAGGAAUCAUUGAGUGAAAUCUGUAAUGGUUAUGAAGAAUGGAUUGGUGAAUUUGGUGAAAGUGACCUUCAUGUUGUUGCUCUAAGCUUUCGAUUACUUAGGCAACAAGGUUACUAUGUCUCAUCUGAUGUUUUUAGGAAGUUCACCGAUGACCAAGGAGAUUAUAAAACAGCAUUGGUUAAUGACACGCACGGGUUAUUAAGCUUGUACGAGGCAGCACAAUUCAUAGUACAUGAUGAAGAAAUUUUGGAUGAAGCAAUUAAUUUCAGCACCACUCAUUUGAAUUUAUUGUUGCCUAAAUUGAGUAAUUCUCUAUCGAUGCAAGUCAGCUGUGCCCUAAAAUAUCCAAUCAACAAAACUAUAGCCAGGGUAGCAACUAGAAAAUACAUGUGGAACAUCGACGCUACAGAAAAUCUAGCGUCGUAUACGAAACUCUAUUACACUGCUCUCCUACAUUUUUACAAUGAAGUAGAGAAAGAGUUGGAAAAGGAGAACAAGUCAUUUCGAGUCAACUUUGCUAUUAGUGAGAUGAAAAAGUUGGUGAGAGCUUAUUUUCAAGAGGCAAAAUGGUAUCAUGGGAACACAGUCCCCAAAAUGGAGGAGGAGUAUAUGAAGAAUGGAAUUCAAACUAGCACUAUCCCAACUCUAGCUACUGCUUCUUGGUUAGGCAUGGAUGAUGAAGCAACCAAAGAGGCAUUCGAAUGGAUUACAACUGAACCUCCAAUUCUUGUUGCUUCCUCUAACAUUGCAAGAUUGUUAAAUGAUAUUGUAUCACAUGAGAGAGAAAUAGAAAGAGGAGAUGUAGCUUCAAGUAUCGAUUGUUACAUGAAUGAACACGAUGCGACAAAGGAAGAAUCUUACAUGGAGAUAAGGAAAAUAGUAGAGAAUAAUUGGAAGGAUUUGAAUAGAGGAUGCCUAAAACCUACAACAGUACCAAGAGUUUUGCUCAUGCCAAUACUUAACCUUUGUAGGACGUCAGAAUUCUAUUAUAAAGAUGGAGAUGCUUAUACUUUUUCCAAAAAUAACUUAAAAGACGUCAUUUCUAUGGUGCUUGUUGAUCCCAUUGAAGUAUAAAAGCAAAUUAAAGGGCAAAAUAAAGAAAUUAUUAUCCACUAGAAUGCUUAUAUUUCUGUCACACUUAAUUGUGUAUGUUUAUUUGUUACUCCAAUAAGCAGGUUUUGUAAACAACACUGCAUG